AUGAACGCUCUACUGAUAGCUGUCUUCGCUUUAGCCGCUCCUCUUGUUUUUGGGUAUGACGAAAAAUACGACAAAUUAGAUGUGGACAAGAUUCUGGGUGAUGACGCACUCUUCACCGCCUAUAUCGAUUGCAUGCUGGAUAAAGGACCCUGCUCUGUUGAACAUUCAGCUGAUUUCAGACAAUUGCUGCCUGAAGUUAUAUCCACAGCUUGCGCAAAAUGCUCAGCCAUACAGAGACAAAAUGUCAGGAAGACAGUCAAGGCUCUUAGUGAGAAAAAACCUGAUGACUUCGCCCAAUUCCGUACCAAAUUCGACCCUAAAGGCGAAUACGAAAAAGCCUUCAGUGCUUUCGUCAUCGGUACAGACUAAAAGAAAACUUUCGAUUAAAAUGAUCGUUAUUGACGUUGGACUUAUGGCUUAUUCUUGAAUGGAACUAUGAAACUGAUUUAAACUAUGUGGAGCAUUACAAUAAAUAAGAAGC